UCUAUCUGUAGCCACCCCCUUCUCCUGCAAGUAAUCAAGAUAUUUAGAAAUGUUACCAUGAUGCGAACAACACCCAGACUAUUCCGCGCUCCGCUCCGCCGUUUAUCCAAUAUGCCUGUGCCCCGCCUAGUUCGCUUCGUUGCCCAAGACGAUGGGCAGCAAUACUACGGCGCCGCCGACGAAAAUCUCGGGACCGCUUCCGUGAUCGACUGCGUAAAUCCGUUCUCCCAACGCGCAGAGCCGACUGAGAUCAGGAAGACCAUUUCGAGGUUGCUGUGCCCGCUGUCGAUGGAUGACUGCCGAGGCAUAGUAUGCAUCGGUUUGAACUACAGGGACCACGCCGAGGAAGCCAAGAUGGCGAUUCCCACUGUUCCUGUGGUGUUCCACAAACCUGUCACGGCGUUGGCGGGCCCGUAUGACGACUUGGAUGUACCCGAGAUGUCAUGGUCGAAAGGGAAGCUGGAUUACGAAGCGGAACUAGUCAUAGUAAUCGGAACCAAGGCGUCAAGAGUAAGCAAGGAAGACGCUUUAGAUUACGUUUAUGGGUAUACUGUCGGAAAUGACUUUUCCAAUCGCACUUGGCAACUCGAUUCCACAUUAGGUGGAGGCCAAUGGUGUUAUUCAAAGAGCUUCGAUUUCUCGGCACCCGUUGGACCAGCCAUUGUGUCCAAAGACAUUCUUGAUCCAGCAAAAGGGUUAGGGAUUCGCACAAUGCUCAAUGGCGAAAUUAUGCAGGAUGGAACUACUAGUAAUAUGAUCUUCUCGACCGCAGAGAUCGUAUCCUUUCUGAGUCAAGGAAUGACGCUCCUUCCCGGAACCCUGAUCUUUACAGGUACUCCAGCGGGCGUAGGAUUCGGAAGAAAACCGAGCAUAUUCGCCAAGAAGGGUGAUAUACUAAAGGUCAGGAUCGACGGCAUUGGAGAGAUUGAGAACAAGGUCGUGUACGCUAAGUGA